CCCAAUGGGGAGGAAAGCGGCAGUAACGGUGAACACAUCUGCCCCGUUAGUGAGUGACUAACCCCGCUUAGUAACAGUCCGGUGACCGCUGCAGGGUUUUCGGCAGGGUGUGCUCUCGGGACACGGAGGCUCGUCAGACUGAACAGCGAUGAAAGGAGCGAAAAUAGUUUCCUCAGUGAGCACCUCGGUGGUAGCAGCCGGUGAUACAGGCUAACCGUUACCGGACUCCGGACCCUUUCUUCUCUGUCUUCGGCUAAACAAAAUGGAAAAACGUGAAGUCUAACACGGCGACCGUUAGCUUGUGGUAUCAGACAUUUCUUUAAAGACGUCUUUCAUUCAGUCGCUCGUGUUUUUUUCACCGAAGUCGAGUUUAUCUGUCGUGAAAAAAUGUUGACAGGAUCAAAAACCACGUUCAAAGUGAGACAAAUGCUCCCAGAUAUCAAGGAGAGGAUGCUGAGUCAGAGUGGGGUGAACGCAAGGAGUCGAGAUGUGUUUGGGCUGCGCUGCCUACCAGGCGAGUGUGUACUUCAGAGAGCUGUCAUGGUGAGGAAGAAGUUGACCGCCAGGGAAGGAAGAGGCUGGGUGUCUGGGACCCUCUUCUGUACACACUUCAGAGUGGCCUUUGUGCCUCAGGACAGUCCCAAACCUGACGACAAUGCAGACCCAGUGCUUUUAGGAGACCAUGAUGUGGCUUUGGCGUCCAUAGAGAAGGUUGUGGUUGUCGGCCCAAACAGAACAAAGCUGGUGACCCCGAACUCCUCGCUGAAGUUCACUCCUGAGGAGCUGGUUCUUUACUGUAGAGACCUGCGGGUCAUCUGCUUCUUGUUUGACCGUCUCACUCCUGACGCACAAGUCAUAGAGAUAACCUACACCAUCGCCAAGACCUACCAGCCUCCUAAACCAGGGUCAGUUUUAUCUUUCCAGAACGCUGCCCUUGGGAGUGUAGAAAUGAAGCAGUUUCUAAGCAACCGUCGUCGAAACACCCACAUGAACUGGUAUGAAUCUGCCUCAGACUGGGAGCAAGAACUGGAGAGAUGCGGGGCCACUGGCUGGAGAGUCAGCUCAGUCAACGACCGAUUCGAGAUGUCCACCAGUCUACCGAGAUCCAUCGUGGUUCCACAGAAGGUUUUAGACACCGAGCUGAAGAAAAGCUUCGCCCACUUCAAUGAAGGACGCAUCCCUCGCUGGUGUUGGCGACACCCCCGAGGCAGUGAUUUAUUGCGAAUGGCCAGCUUCCAGAACAACAUCUACCAUGAGAAAGAUGACAUCAGAAAUCUGGAGAUGAUCCUGUUUGGUUGCCAGUCCUCUCUGUGUGUGGUGGUGGAGCUGGACGAGGAGCUGCCCUCACCUGCAGAUAUCCAGUUGGCACACAGCCGCCUGCGUGCCCUCUGUCUGGGAGAUAUUUCCACGUCUGUUUCAGUGCCUGAUGACAAAUGGUUAUCCACCCUGGAAAGCACCCAUUGGCUAGACUAUAUCAGGGCCUGUCUGAGGAAAGCUUCAGAGGUAGCCUGUCUGCUCCGCGGCGGUCACCUGACUGUGGCACUGCAAGAGGCGGAGGACCGCGACAUGAGCUGUGUGGUGUCCAGCCUGGUGCAGGUGAUGUGCGACCCCCACUGUCGGACCCAGCACGGCUUCCAGAGUCUGGUGCAGAAGGAGUGGGUGAUGGCCGGCCACCGCUUCUACAGCCGCAUAAACUACCACCGCGACAACGACAAGGAGGAGGCUCCAGUCUUCCUGCUCUUCGUGGACUGUGUUUGGCAGCUCUUGUCCCAGUAUCCCUCUCGCUUCCAGCUGACAGAUGACUUCCUGUUGGCCUUGCACGACAGCAUCCACCUGCCACUCUUCUCCAGCUUCCUGGCCAACUGCCAGCGAGAGAGAUGCAAACGCUCCCAGAACCUUGCACAGUCCUACACACCAGUCAAUGGCUGGAGAGAUGUCCAUCAUCCGGAUUCUUCCUCUGAUCCCUCUGACCCUCCUCUGCCUUCGGUGUGGGACUGGUCCCUGCAGUACAGCAAGCACAGACGAGACCGCUUCACCCAACCUGUCCCCCCAACCCCUCCGCUCCAACCGCUGCUCAACGGCAACCUCAACACCAACCCAGACACACACAGGCUGGCUGACACCAUCCCCGGCUCAGUCUUCCUCCUCUCUCGUGGCACCUUCUCCUGUCCUGCUAACCUGCUUCCCUGGCGCAGUGGCAGUUCAGGCGUUUACAAGAAGAGCCACCGGAGGGCGCCGUCCUCUGAGAACGUGCCCGGCCUGGAGCGCCUGCUGAAAGCCUGGGCUCUAGCUGAGUUUCCCCAAGGCCUCACUCCCACCUCCGGACCUCAAGGACCACUUGACCCCUAUGAGCCCUUACUGCCUGUCCUGAUGGGGCCCUGCAUGGGGCUGUGGAGGGAGUGCUAUCUCCGGGGAGCGCUGCAUGCACAGGCGUUCUCCCACCCCAUCUCCGCAAACCACCCCCACCCUGUGGAGCGGCUGGCCAGGGAGGUGCAACAGCUCAAAGACAAGCUAGCACAAGCAUCCACGGGCACGGAUCCCAACCCCCCGACCAAGAUCUCCGAGCCCCGGCGGACUGACACCAACCUGAACCAAAACACCAACAAUGGCACCUUCCUCUUCCCGGCGUCGAGGCCUCAGAGCACCACGAUGCCCAGAGCGGCGCCCACCCCUCCUACCUCCACCACCAACCACCAGACCUCCAGGGGCCCUCCGCCCAACUCGGCUCCACCGUUCCGACCCGGCCACAAAGACAAUGGCGGCGGCAACAAGCACACCUUCCUGUUCGGGCACUCUUCAGCGGCAGAGUCACGCCCUGACCAGCGCUAUUACCCAGCACCCAAUAACGCCAAGCUGCCUAAGAGCAACGGGUCCUCGAUAGCUUCCUGAGGUUUUCUACUUGUCUUUUUCUCAGAGCGUUUCACCCCACGACCGGGUGCUAUACCCAAACCACCUGUCUGUAAAGUAUGAUCUGACACAUCCCUCACUGGUAUCAUGUACUGAGGAGACCUAGACGCGUGUUUCCCGUGUUUGAUUGACUACUACAAAACUAUUUUGGUGGAACACGGUGAUCAGUAACAGUAUGAUGCAAUCAGUGCAAGAGCUCCUGACUCUGCUACUUAUCGUCUGUACUGUAUUAAAAAAUGUGACAACUCUUUUGUAUAUUUGUAAAGAAAAAUACUAGUAUGAAAAAUUCCACCAAUGAAAUAUAUCAAAAACAAAAAAAGGGCUGAAGAUGAACUUCAGAAGCACAUCUUCCAGUAUCUUGAAGGGAUAUUUCUUUUAAGUUGGGUUGUAUGGGGUCCUUAUCCAGACUCAGUGUGUUACAAUUUGGAAAAGCAGGCAAGAGUCUGACACAAAAGGUAAGCAACGCCCUGGUGUGGAGAGGUCAGCAACAAAAUUUUAGCCACCUAAAAAAAUCCAUAUAAGCGGUGAAAAUACGCUAUAUUGAGGGUAUUUUCACAACUUUACCUUUCUGUCAGACAGCCUGUUUUGACGGGGAAGCCGUUAAUAGCCUCACUUCCCCAUUUAUGUUCCCAUCCACCAGACAAAACAGUAAUUUAAGCUCACUGAACACAGGAGCCGCUGGUCUGCUGCAGCUGCCGUUUGUGUUAUUGUGCAAAUUCAGGGAAUCUGAACUGAGCAUUUUAAAUGACAAAAUCACAUAAUAGCACCAGCAAAAUAACUAUCAGUGCAGUGGUAGUCAAGGUACAAGAUAAUUUAUUAUUAGUCAUUUCUUUCUAAACCAGCAGCAGACCUUGGUCAAUCUGAACUUACCAUUUUAAUCACCAGAGUCACACAAUGAUACUAAUAACUAAAUUGAGCAGUAAUGCCGCUCUCUUCAGAGAUUAAACAUCAUUGAACACAGGAGCUGCUGGUUUACUGCUGCUUCAAUCCGUUUUUUUUUUUUGUUUGUGUUAUUUUU